AUGGAUUCAGAAGUAUGCAACUCUGACAGUUUUUUCCAAUAUUUCAAACAAGUUCAUCAGAUUUGGAAAUCACUGCCUUCUGAUGUAAAGCAGAGUACACAAAGGCUUUAUUAUCAGAUUAUCCAAGCUGACAGAUCAGAACUUCUUAAUCAGGUGCUUCUAGCUGGAUUCUCGCCUAAUGUUGAUUUCACUGUGGAUGACUUCUCAAGAAAUUACAUUGAUUCUACGAACAUGGCUCUCCAUAAUAUCACCACAUUAUCAGCUCUCCAAGUCAGUGCGGAAAAUGCCAGCUACGACUGUAUGAAAAUCUUACUUGAGAACGGUGCUGAAGCCAAUCAGUCUGAUAAUACCUGUCUUUUGUAUUAUGUUUAUAAAAAUGCUGACCUGCCUGCACUGAAGUUACUUCUGCAACACGGUGCCAACCCUGAUGAAAGAACAACAACAGGGAUGCCUCUUCUUUGUCUUUGUGCUCUUACUGGCGAUAGUGAAUUUGUGAAGCUGCUUGUCAGCCAUGGGGCUUCGGUUCAUAAUGCAGAUAUCGCAACACUUGCAACCCCUCUUCACUAUGCAGUUUCUAACAGCUUUGGUAACCAUUUUGAUUGCGUCCAAACUUUGUUGGAAAACCAUGCAAAUACGAAUGCACGUAAUCGUAGAAAUGAAACACCAGCUUUUCUUGCAGCUGGUCAAGGUAACGUAAGAGCUUUAGAGCUUCUUCAACGUCAUGGAGGUUACAUCAAUAUAUUCAACUCUACAAACAGUACAGCAUUGCAUAUGGCGUUUGCAUCUGGAAAAACAUCAUGUGUGGAAUUAUUAAUUAAUCUCAUUCCAGAUCUUAACGUUAUUGAUCUACAUGGUUACACAGUGCUUGAUUUAGCACUGCGAUUUCAGGAUACUUUUCAUAAACUUGAUAACAAUUUUGAUCAAGUACGAGUUGACCCGGCAAAAUAUGUAAGGAAACUCAUUAAUCAUGGAGCUUGUUUUAGUAAAUUCUCACAAGAAGAUUUUGCUUUGCUCAUUGACAGGUCACCACAAAGGAUCAAGUUGAUUGGUUUGGUAGUCAAUGCGUACUCUAACUGUAAUUAUAUCUCCUAUAUCUCCAAUACUACGAAUAAUCACCAUGGAGAUGAUGGUGAUGAGACAGAUGAAUUGUAUUUUGAAUUCUACAAAUCAUUUUUUCAAGCAGCUAACAAGCCACGGUCGCUGCAACAUCUAUGCCGAUAUAAAUUAAGAUGUUACAACGGGAAAUUAUUUUGUCAUGUCGUGGAGAGUCUGGAAAUACCACAGAAUAUUAAAAAAUACUUGUUGUUGGAUGAUCCAUGUGAUCUUAUGUAG